UUUAGUCUAGUGGGCCAUCAGCCACGCAGUGACGCUGCCACCGCCGAGCUGCGUGCCGUGGCAGAUUUCACUUUAAAAUCUCAAACAUGAAAGAAGGUUUGGCAACGGCUGUCAUAGUGGUUUUUGCUGUUUUGGCAACUUUGUGUAAGCCCAGUAAACAAAUUCCUUUGUGCAGGUCAGGAGCUAAUGGUGAGGACUGCAGCAAUGGAGUAGAACAACCAAUAGACCAAGAGGUCCCUACCUUUAGUUCGAGAUAUCGAGCACUGGAGUAUGAUGAUGCUGCAAUGAAAUUGCUUAUGGAAAUGCUGCUGCGGCAGCACAAUAGUUUUCCUGAUGAAGAUUUAACCGAUUUUGACUCAGAAUCAGAAUCAGAGUCAGAGGAUUAUGGAAAAUCUAGUUUCGAAGUUGAUAGUAGCCAGUCACUUGGUAGCACCGAAAAUAUCCUUUAUGGCAUCAUUAAUGCCUCGCAAAGUACAAAACCCAUAACUAAAGUUAUGAGUGACCAAACAGACCAAAAUUCCUCGAACCAAACCGAUCCGUUUCUGAAUCUCCAUCAGAAUUCAAAAAAGACCAUGGAUAAAACCACAGUAUUGGAAGGCAACUUUAUUUCCAAAACAUUUGAGGACCUCAGUUCCAUACAUGGACCACCAACAAAAUCAGGUCAGUUACGAAGCAUCGCAGAUAGCUAUGCUAACAAUAAUAGCCUUGACUCCAUCACGCCACCUCAUGCGGAACAGAGCAACUUGAAGCUAGUGGCUGAUGUAACAGCAAAACAACAACCAAAGUCAAAUUCGUCUUCAUCCAGCAAAACCAAACAUUCGUCCAAGUACCGGGAUACAAAAAGAAGGACAACAGCAAUCGGCAGCAGCCGGCGCUCAGUACUCCUUCGUCCUCGUCCAUUCGACGGAUUCUCCGAAACUCAGCCACUCCUGACAUCAUCAUCGACAACGUCGUCAUCAUCAUUGUCAUUGGCUUCUGGAAUCUACCGAGAACAUUUCAAAGAGCCCACAACAAAACCUGCAAAGAAGAAUAAGAUAAAUUCAUCGAAGCCUGCUGACCGAGAUCAGGAUGUAAAAGGUGAAACUCAAUUGCAAAUACUAAAUCGGCCAAUUAGAGCAGGUAAACCAAUAACAACGUCACCGCCGCCGCCACCUGGUGUUAGAGUUGGUUUUGGUGUUGGUCAUGUUGAUGAUGGGUGUGGGAAUGCAACAAGUUGCAGACCGAACAAUAAAAAAUCAAUCAAUAGGAUCAAAGUCAAGAUAGGACAGAAGCUAGCAAAGAUGAUGUCAACGACGAGGACGACGACAAGGAGAAUCACAACAUCAGAAAGAAGGAAUUUCGGCAAGCCACCCGGAAUUCGUUUUCCAAAUCCGAAUAUACUCAGUUCUGUGCUUGCUACUGGUCCUUCUUCACUUUCCAAUAAUUCGAAUUCGACCAAACCUGAUGGUAAUCUAAUAUCAGCUUUGGACCCGAUUUUGGGGUAGUGAUGGUGAUGAAUAUCAUGCUGAGGACUCUGAUGAUAAGAAAUGGGAUGAAGAUGGGGAGGGAAUAACAUGUACCAAAAGGUAUGACAAAAAAUAAAAGAAGUAAGAAAAGACGUGAAUGAAAUCCUGACACGAAAGAUGCAGAGAAUCGUAAAAAUCUCCACCUUCCCCAAAGACUUCGACCUACGCCCUGAGAAGCUGACGAAGAUGAUGAUGAUGAUGAUGAAGAUGAUACAACAGACAACAGAUAACAUUAGAGUGCCAUGUGAUAUACGAGUACGAGUGUCAGAAAAAAAGUGAAGAAAGGGAGGGGAGUAGGGGGAAUGCAUUGAUUUGACGACAAACUGCUUAAUUAUUCAAAAUAAAACUUCUUGUGGCUUGAAAAUAACACCUAACAAAUCGAGUGUUUUAUUGUGUACAUCGCCCAAACCUAAGCCCCCAUGGGAAGGGGUGUUGUUCAGGAAACUUCUAUACAUCAUCGUACAUCGAAUUCGAAGAAGGAAAGGCCGGAUGGAGCAGUAUAGAAGCAGAAUCAGCAGCAGUACGAGUUGGGAGCAGCUUUUGCUGCCUGAGUUGAUUGUAUCUACUGGGAUUUGUUUGUUUCUUAGUUUAUGGGCCAGUGAACUCAUGUUGCCAUCACAUCGGUUUUUGGGAUUGAUGUUUUGUGUUUUUCUUUUAUUUUUUGUAUUUUAUUGUUUUCUUUUGUUCAAAUUGAAUUGAGUGAAUGUAAAUAUGGGUUUGGGUGUUAAGAUGGCUUUUUUGAUGUUGCCCUUUUUUUUGUUGGAACUUAGAUAUGUACGAGUGUGUGUUUAAAAGAAUUCAGAGUGGUUGAAUAUUGAUUUUGGAUUUUAUACCCAGAUAAGGUAGGUAUGGGUAAAUGUAUAAUCAUAAUAGGUUGUUGGUUUUAGGAAUCAAUUGAAGAUGACCAAUGUGUGACAGUUUGUAUAGAUUAUAGGGGGAAAGGGUAAAGACCUUGAUUGAUAUAA